AAUCCAUCCUAUCCAUUCAGUCCCCGAACUGAAAGAGUGAACAGCUGGAAUCGGAAAUACCCGGACAACUUCACAUUCACAAGAUGUGCAGCUUGCAGAAUAAAGAUAGUUGUCAUGAAUGCCGGUCUAUCAGAAACAUACGACGGCAGCAUUAACGUCGAGUUAAAUGAAUUCAUAUUAAAGAUAUGCUGUGUGCUCGAGUGAAAAGAACAAGAGAAUAGAAGAAAAAUAUAAAAUGCCUCGCAUAAUUUUCCUGCCGAAGCUGACGGGUGGCAGAAGCGCUCUUCCUUCAUCCACUGAAUGGCUUUUUCAGAAAAUCCAGUAGAGUGCAGCGGGAACAAGGACGGAAAUGAACAACUGAAGGAUAGCGCAAGACUCGUUUGUCAGGGUUAUGGUGACCAGAGAGGAUUAAACCCUAAAAUUUGCGUGUGAAGAAAAGUCAAUCAAAAGAAAAGGAGCAAAGUAGGAAAGGUGCACCAGAAAAGAACUGUCAAGACAUGGGUAUACAAUACCUCCUUCUUCUCCUCCUAUAUUUAUACUUUGACCCUUUGAACGUGCAUUGUGCAGCAACAGACAAGAAGAUUAGAAACGUUCCCAAACGGACUCAGAAGGCGAAGGAGGUGAACAGUACUGCUGUUCCUCCAGCAGCUACACGGAGAGUUGCGCAGAUCCAGCCACCAACUACAGGCAAUCAUGAAACAUGCCUUGGUUAUUAUGACGUGAGCGGACAGUUUGAUAAAGAAUUUGAAUGCAAUAACACUGACCACCGUUACUGUUGUGGAAGUUGUUUUCUUCGAUUCUGUUGUCAAUUUAAAGGGAAUCGCUUAGAUCAGAGAAUUUGUACUAAUGACAAGUCGCCAGACUGGAUCAAAACUCUUCCCCCUUCCCCUAUACCAACAGUUGAUCCAAAGAUGGUUCAAACGAACACAACAGUCUUCAUAACCUGUGGGGUAAUUACUUUCAUCAUAGUCUUGGGAGUUUCUGCAAAAGUCGCUUAUGAUAAAUCAACACAACCCCCUCAGGAAAUGAAUAUUCACAGAGCCCUUGCCGACAUUUUAAGGCAACAAGGACCAAUUCCAAUAUCUCAAUAUGAGCGGGAAAACAUCGCGGCAAUGGAUGGCACGCCCAAAGAAAACACGCCUGUUCGAACAUCUUCAAAAAACCACUACACUCCAGUUCAUAAAUCAAAAUCCAACCAUGGAGGACACUACACGAAAGAGAACAUCCGGAGUGGAGGCCAUGACUUUCACAACUUCAUCUCCUCUGGGUUUGUGACAUUGGGCCGAGGACACCUUAAAGGGGACCAACACUGGCCGGGGCGAUCGCAGAGCUAUUAUGGUAAUCACCAACAUAACUAUAACCAUCUGCCACUUACUAGUCCAACCUGUACACCUAAGAAUGAGAGCACUCGGAUGAACAGCAUCCUUACCUCGCAGACAGAACCAUAUGAUCUGUCCUUCUCGCGCUCGUUCCAGAGCCUGUCCCACCUGCCCCCCUCCUAUGAGUCAGCAGUGAAAUCAGACCUAAAUAAAUACUCCUCUCUCAAAAGAUUAACUGAUAAAGAUGUAGAGGAGUACUACUCCCGGAAAAGGCACCUGCCCGACUUGGCAGCUCGCGGGACGCUGCCCCUGCACGUGAUUAAGAUGAACCAGGAGCAGCAGGCUCCCCCGCAGCGCCAGCGGCCGCGGCGUGUGCAGAGGGCCAUGUCGCAGGACCGGGUGCUUUCUCCGGAGAGGGGCCCCGUUCCCGACUACGACAUGUCCCCCUACAAUGUGUCCUCCUAUGGUCGAAUCCUGUCCGACGAGCAGCUCCUGUCCGCCGAGCGCCUCCAAUCCCAGGACCCGCUCCUUUCACCGGACAAAAUGAUGUCACUGAAGCGCUCGAGCUUAUGUGACAAAUCCAUGUCACGGGCUCUGUCGCACACCGAUGUGUUCGUACCCACCACGCCCGUCAUGGACCGGUACAAGAUGACAAAAAUGCACUCCCAUCCCAGUGCCUCGAACAAUGCGCACAACACGGUGACUGUGAACCAGACCGUUUCCAAGCGGCAGGCUUUCGCAUCACGACGGACACACACAAUGGAGCAACUACACUACAUCCCCGGACAUCACCACCACUACCGCACAGCAAGCAAGACCGAAGUAACUGUUUAACCUGAGGGACUUCAGUGUCACGCGGGAAUGGGAAACGCAUUAGCGGCAGUAAAUGCGAUGACAACAGGAUUAUCCACACAUGUGAACAAUCCCAGCAAAAUGUAAACCUAAGGCACCAACUAUAAUAAGACGAGCUGCAUUUAAAUCAGAUAAACAAAUUUAAAAAAAAUAGUCUUUAUUUUCAACACCAGCUUUCCAGAAUAGCCGGUAUAGAGAUCAUGAUUUUUGUGCACAAUUGCACAUCAACCAGUACUUGUACACGAAUGGGAAAGGAUGCACAAGAAAUGUCUGACACUUCAUGUGUAGUUUAAUCUUUGAGUGCAGUUUACAAAGGGCUUUUCAUGUUGACACAUAUGGAGCGGUAUCUCAGUGGUUAUGUUAUGACAGGAAACAUGCUUAAGAGUGUGAAAGGAGAACGGUACUGUAAUAACUUUAUAAAUAUAUAAAUAUAUAUACUAUUUGUACUUCCAGUCCUAUUUAGCUUUAGAGAUUCUUUGUCAACUAAACUGGUGUUAGCACUUCAAUUGGUGCCUCUCAAAACUGUACCAUUUCAGUAAUGAAGUGGAUUCGUGGGUUAAAAAGCACAAUAAAUUCAAAAUACCUUUUUACAUUUCUUUUAAAUUCUUCUUUUGGUAAUGGCUAGCACGUAUUAGCUUACUAUAUAAAAAUGGUCAGUUUCUUUGCAGAGAUUGUUGUAAAUACGCUAUACUAGGAUCAGUCAAUGGGUUGGUUGGCUUUUGUAAAAGAGUUUUUUUUUUUCCUUUUUUGUAGCAGUAGUAGUAGUGAAAGGUAAUGACCGUAAUUCCAGAUUAGACAGGCCACUAAACAAAAUGGACAUAACUGAGUUGAAUAAUGUAUGUUUGUCUAUUUACAUGUCUUUGUAGGAUGAGAAGUGAAUGAUUGACCGAAUAUAUACCACUGUUGAUACCCGGCUUUAGACUGUGUCCCUGUGAUUCAAAAGGCAGGUGAACAUAUUAUGCUUAGUGCAGUAGCUUAAAAAAAUAAACUAAAAAAAAAAUCAUAAUUAUUUUCACAGUAUAACAUAUUCCUGUAUGUCUUAUAUAUGUAUUUAGCCAGGAAAAGCUGCUUUCUUUUAACAUAUCAAUAACUGUGUUGUUAUAUAUAAGGUACUGCAUAUGUCAGAACUGGAAAAUUAUUGUUGUGUAAUGGUUGAAGUGUUACAGCUGUCUUGACAUAACUAAAACAAUCAAAUGAAUAUAAUAUUCAAAUACUAGCAAAGAAAGGAUUAAAACUGUGAAUUGUUUGUCCAAAUGUUUUAAUUAAAGCAAUGCCUUAUAUUAUGAAUCCUAAACUAAUAUCUUAAUUUUAUAAUUAUGCUUCAAAUAUGCUGAAACAAUUUUCCCAAUUGUGAAGAAAUUUAUCCUCCUAUAUCAUUUCGUAACAGUGACACUAAGAGUAUAAGCAUUGUGUUCAGAGUAUGACAUGUGGAUAUGAUAUGAAAUAUAUACCUCAAAUUUUGAAUUGAAUGGUUCAUUCCUGUUCAUUCCAGUUUAUUUAAAUAUUUAUAUGGAAAAAGUGAGAAUAUUUGCUAUAUUUGUACUGAAUUCUCUUGAAGAACCAUGAAGUUAUGAUGUAGUUCUUAAUUUAAAUCACAGUAUAUUAUCAGUCCUAUUGUAUACCUGAGCCCAGUUAAAAAAGUGUCAAAAUCCUCCUUGCUAAGUAUUGGCUUUUUACAAUUUAGAAUAAUAUUUGGAUGAUUUUAACUUUUGAAUUUGAAAAAGGAAAAACUGAGACACCAGUUAGUAGUUUCACAAAUGAUUCCUCUUCUUUCCACCUGUUCAUCGAAGUGGUUUGUAAAGAGAUAAGAAGUAACACUCACGUUUGUUUUUUCACAUGAAUUUGUGAAACUACAAAAAUAUUAAGUAAAAGUGGUUAUUUAUAUUCCACAUCUGAUUAAAUAUUUCAUGCUGAUAACAACCAAUAAAUUCCCUGCCUUGUGCCAUAUGCUA